AUGAUGAUGAUGGUACUGACCACGGCCUUACCGGAGAUCUCUGAGGAUUUGUUGAUCGAGAUUCUAAUCAAAUUGCCGGCGAAGUCUCUGAUGAGAUUGAAGCGCGUCUCAAAGAUCUGGCUCUCACUUAUCUCAUGUCGUUACUUGGCCAACCGGUUCCUUAAACCCUUUCCACGACAACGUUUUCUCGCGUAUUUUAGGAGUAGCGAGAGACACGCGUUGUUCAGGUCAUCGGAUCAUGAUCACUCGGACACAUUGGUCUCUGUAAUCGAAAAGUAUAUGGACAUCGGGACAAUAGGGGGAGGCCGCUUGGUGGGAUCUGUUCGUGGCUUGUUGUGUUUCAGAAGUGGGAGAAGAGUGCGGGUUUCUAACCCCAUGACAAGGCAGGUCGUGGAAUUGCCCGUCAUGGAAGCAGGGGAUGCUAGUAAUGAAAAUCUCUUGUUCUUUUUUGGACACGAUCCUGUAAAUGAUGAAUACAAAGUGCUUUGCACGGUUUGGGAGGUGAACAAUGAAGAAGAAAAAUUAGUGAUCAGAUCCGAGCAUCAGGUGUUGGUUCUUGGAGCUGGAGCCUCAUGGAAAAAGGCUGAAUGCCAUAUUACUCAUCGACCUUAUCGUUCUUGCUGGCUUGGGGUGAUCACCAUUAACGGAGUUUUGUAUUAUACAGCUUGGAAUGAUGCAAAUGAAUGUGUCGUUAUGAGUUUUAACUUUAGUUCUCAAGAGUUUAGUUUGAUUGAAUUACCCGUUGAUGCUUUCAUCGUUUGGAUGAACUUAACUUCCAGAGGUAUCAUGAACUACAAAGGAAAAGUGUCUAUCUUUCGAGCUUUGGAUUUCUUAAGUGAUGGUGUUUUGGAUGUUUGGGUUCUUGAAGAUGCCGGCAAGAGUCAAUGGUCGGACAGAAAGACUUUUGUUUUGCCUGAUUUUCAGAGGAUGAACACCAUCAAUGGAGAUCUUUUAAAGAUGAGAGGCAGUAAUCGCAGUGGUGAGCUUUGGUUGUCAAAGACGAAUCCUUCCUUCAGGAAGGUUCGACCCUCAACCAAAUUCAUUUAUGAUGUAGAGAGGAAUAAGAUAGCUCAAAGGAUUGUUACAAUACCACUAGAGGAUGAUGACUUCGCCUUCCCGAGAACUGGUUGGGGUGUGAGUGUGAUAGUUUUUUCCCAUGAUAUUGAGAGCAUUAUGUAUUUGGAAACUUGA